AUGCAACCGAGUUGCUCAGCAUGCCGACGUUCCCGCAAAUUAUGCGACUACCAAACGACAAGCAGAACGCCAUUGACAAGGAGAUACGUAAGCCGAAUCGAGAACGAGCUUGCUGAAGCAAGAGCCCUCCUUCAAGCACGGGAUCGUCGCCAGCAUUUUAGUGACCCAAGUUCCAUGUGCGGCAACGAUAACAGCCAUAUUGAAAGCGAGCCACACUCGCACUCACGGCAGCUGAGUUCCCGUAUUACCUCCCUGCCAAACCACCAUACAGUAUUGCCAGCUGAAGCCAGUGCAUACCUUGAAGACUCCGAGUUGAAUGUUUCUAGACAGUCUUCAAAACAAGGGAAUACGACACGAUGCGCUCUUCUCCCGCCAGAGCUUGGGCCUCAAUUGGCCACCUGUGAAUGGGAUGAACGUCGAGGCGUUGAAAAUAGCGCAGCCUUCAACCGCCAAUCUGUAGAUGAAUCCGCCAGAGGAGGAUAUUUUGGCAUCGCGUCAACAAAGGCUUUUCUCCGCAUCAGUGGCAUACAAGAUGCUAUUUACCCACAGCCGGUCUUUGCCCAAACACCAAUCAAAAACCCAUGCCAAAUGCAAGUAUCCCUUCUGGGAGAACACAUAGAUGCCUAUUUCGCGCGAUGCCACCCUAUAUACCCAUUCAUACACGAAUCAACGUUCCGGGCUCAGGUGGUGGAGCUGGUUGAUCGGCCAUCCGACGAUCUUUGGCAGAUGCUUCUUUAUGCAGUCGCCGCUCUAGGAGCAUUUUCAAUUUCGACAGAGCGAGAUGACAUCGACAUGGCCCUUUUCGAGGUUGCAAAGAAACGAUUCUCCGAUGAAAUGAUGGAGGUGGGCAAUGUUGCCCUCGUCCAGGCACUAAUGCUGAUGUCGAUUUAUUUGCGCAAACGAUAUAGGCUUAAUUCCGGCUACAACUACCUCGGGCUUGCUAACCGGGUUGCAAUGGGGAUCGGGUUGUACAAGGAAUUUCAUUCUUCGAUGAGCGCCCCUUUCUUCCGGGAGACACGGCGGCGCCUGUGGUGGUGCUUGUACACUCUGAACCUCGAAGAUUCCAUAGCAUAUUCCAGGCCUCAAGGUCUUCCACAAAGCGAAAUCGAAACCGAAUAUCCUCUUAAUAUACAUGACCUGGAUCUGAACCCAAACACCAGUUCUGUGACGGCUGAAGCAAACGAUACGACCUUAUACUCAAUUUUAAAAUUCGGGGCACCAUUUUACUUUGCUGUCGGCAAACUCUAUCCGCGAAUCAUCUCUGGGCCUUACCCUUACGCAAAAGAAUUGCUCAACUUUGAUGACUCCAUCAUUCGCCACUGGGAAUCAUCACUUCCAUCUUUCUUUCGCACAAACACCACACAGCCCUCCAAGUACUCUUUCUGCCAUGCGCUCCUUCAUUGGCGUUGCCUCAACUUUCGGCUGUUGACAUUCCGACCAUUCGUUGUCUGGCUCUACAUCAUGCGAUAUCGUAAUAAUCCGCCAAAAGAACCGAGUAAUCCAACCAGCGUCAACACUGCUAUCAAUCGUUGUUUGAAAGCAGCGGAAGAAUCCAUCAACACGAUCUCAGAAUUCUGGUUUUCUCAUGAUCAAAAUGCCAUCACGGGCUGGUAUGUUUUAGACUAUAUUUUCACGGCCGCCUUGAUACCGCUCAUGUGUCUUCGUUAUGAUUCAUCUUCGACACAGGCCGCUUCGUGGCAAUUUCAGGCUCGAACAGCUGUGAGCGUCAUUGAGUCAAUAAUCCCGUUCAACAAAUCUGCAUCUCAUUGUGUCAAUAUCCUAGAAUCUCUUUAUAAAAACUGCAAUUGUCCGGAGAAGGACCAGAAUCAUUCCGCUUCAGAUUCAGCGAUAUACUUGGAAAAUUCGCUUCCGGUUCAGACGCCCGGGCUUGAAAGUAUCUUCCUGGUAACACCUGAGAUAUUCCAGGAUUAUCAUGUAUGGGAGCAAUUCAACGCACCUGCUGAACACAAUGAAUAG